AAACAUUUUAAUGGCCAGUCAAUCCAUUUCUUCCAGGGGAGGCAACAGAGGUCAGCGAGGUACCCACAGGGACUGCCUGCCCAUAACACUGAUCCUGUAGAACGAUGGCAUAACUCUAGACGAUCAUCAUGGUGACAGCUGUAGCCCGUGAAGACACUUUCUAGUAGAGGAGGCUCUGAUUCACAAAGACCACUGAAUGGAGGGAUGAGUAGCACAUUACUGGCCACACCUUCAGCACCUGGAAGGGUUUAGUUGACCCCUCACCAACCCUACUAGACAGAAACAGAACCGCACUCUGACUCGGUCUCCACGCUGCACUCUCUUCGCCCCAAUUUAUGCGUUUGUUUGGGUGCUUCUCGUUUACUUCUAACGAGCAAUUUUCAACAAACCAAAUGGUUGAAAGUCCCUGAUUGGUGGGAAGCCCUCGGUGGUCAAUUUCUAUCUUUGUCACAAGUGCCGUUUUCCAAACCUCGCAACUGUAUUCUCUCGUCAGUUAAAAGCAGUAUAGAGCCAGGAAGAUGGCUCGGUAGUAAGAGUGUUUACUCCACAAGCCUGAUUGCCUGGGUUCACGCCCUGGAACCCUCGGUGAAAACAGAACUGACUCCUGAAUGUUGUCCUCUGACCUCUAGAAAUACUCCGUGCUAUGUGUGCACCCAUAGACAGACACACGGACAUACAUACAUUGUAAAAAUAAUAAUAGUUUAGUCCUAACACAUUUCUAUUACCCAAGUAAGUCAAGGAAGUCUGCUUUUUUUGUUGUUGUUUCUUUUUUGGGGGGGGCCUCACAAUCAAACAUGUAAACAACACAUUUCCCCCCUGAGUUCAUGUACCCCCUGUAGCCUCUUCUUUGUUCCAUACAUACCCUGUCAUCUUAGAUCGUGAGGACCUAUCCAAUCAUUUGGGUUUUUUUAAACCUAUCGUCAGAAAUUAAUCUGUUGAAUCAUAAAAAUUUUCAGAUAAAAAAUUCACCCUUCCAUUUUCCCGAGAGACGUAGUAGAUCAGUCAGAAAGCCAGUCUAUCUGAAAUUAAAAUGCACAGCUUUGAGGCUUAUUUGACACGGAAUAAUUAUUUAUGUAGUCUGCUAGCCAAGCAUGGAGAUUGCUAAUGUCUGCCCUUGAGGGAAAUGAACUGCGUGAAAAAUUUCAAGCAAACAUGAUCCAGCUGUUCACAGAAAAGAAGGAGGCAGAAGAAGUCCACUGUGCUUCCCUCCAAAUUGCCCCGGAUCAGCAUGUACUGCACCUUUUCCACCAAUUAAAGUCACAAACAGAUGAACUUUUCAGGGGAGGAGGACCAUCAUGCCCUCUCCACAGAUGGUCAGCAUCACAUGUCACAGUAAUGGCUCAGCACAUCACAAGGGUGCCAUAUAAAGAUGGGCGGACCCAGAGCUCCGCAGUUCCAAUGGCUUCAGGUUUAGACCCGCAUCUUCUCAAGAUGGAUUUCCUUCACACGAGUGGAGUGCUCAUUAUUCAGCAUCUACAGAGAGACUACAGGGCUUACUACGAUUUUCUAAACUUUGUGUCCGAUGUUGGAGACCCCCGGAAUAUCUUUUCUGUUUACUUCCCACUUUGGUUUCAACUGAAUCAGACCAUUGGAACCAAGAUGAUAUGGGUGGCCACCAUAGGGGACUGGUUCAAUCUUAUAUUCAAGUGGAUAUUAUUUGGGCAUCGUCCUUACUGGUGGAUCCAAGAAACUCAGAUUUACCCAAAUCACUCAAGCCCAUGUCUUGAACAGUUUCCUACUACAUGUGAAACAGGCCCAGGAAGUCCAUCUGGUCAGGCAAUGGGCUCAUCGUGUGUCUGGUACGUCACGGUAACAGCUGCCCUGAGCUUCACUGUCAGCCUGCUGGAGAAGUCCUCUGUCACUCGGCACAGACUGGCCUGGUCCUUCCUUUGGAGUGUUUUCUGGUUGAUUCAAAUCAGCGUCUGCAUCUCCAGAGUAUUCAUAGCAACACACUUCCCUCAUCAGGUCAUUCUCGGAGUCAUUGGUGGGAUGCUAGUAGCAGAGGCCUUUGAACACACUCCAGGCAUCCACAUGGCCAGCUUGAAUAUGUACCUGAAGACCAACAUCUUCCUCUUCCUAUUUGCACUUGGCUUUUACCUGCUUCUCAGACUGCUCGACAUUGACCUGCUGUGGUCUGUGCCUAUAGCCAAAAAGUGGUGUGCCAACCCAGACUGGAUCCACAUGGACAGCACGCCUUUUGCUGGUCUUGUGAGAAACCUCGGGGUCCUCUUUGGCUUGGGUUUCGCCAUCAACUCAAAAAUGUUCCUUAUGAGCUGCCGGGGAGAAAAUGGCUGCAGGCCGAGCUUCCGGUUGCUCUGUGCCGUGACCUCACUGACCACAUUACAACUUUAUCACUUCAUCAAGAUCCCGACUCACACGGAACCUUUAUUUUACCUGUUGUCUUUCUGUAAAAGUGCAUCCAUCCCACUGACUGUGGUGGCUCUAUUUCCUUACGGUGUCCAUAUGUUAAUGAGAGCCAGGGAGAAGAAGAUUAAAUAGAGCAGCUGUGCCUGCAGUGCUCUGGACUCCCAGGAUCACCUACUUCCUGCAUUCCUCAGUAGAACCAUACAGCAGAGAUCCUGGAAACAUCUCUGUGGAGGUCCCAACAUUGUGGCUACAGGUCCCGCCCCACCCACAGAUAGAUUUAGUCUGUUUUCCCAGUGGCAUUUAAAAUAACAGUAUUUGACCAGAAAUAAUCACAUCCAUUUUUUUCUUGACAAACCUGACAAUAUGGUAUCACCCAUGUCGACAAUUGAAAGGGACUGAAUUCUGACUGUCCUAGUAAGCAUGGUGACCGACUCUCUCUGUCUCUCUCUGUCUCUCUCUCUCUGUCUCUCUGUCUCUCUCUCUCUCUUUAUCAUACUUGGUAGCAUUCCACAGACCCUCCAGUGUCUGAUGCCUCUAUCAUGUAAAGACCUAGUUGCUUCUGGCUCCCAUGGGCCUUUUAGAGGUGUCCACAGUCAAAUCCUAUCUCCUCAUGUGUCAGAUAAAGAAAUGGAGGUCCAUUCAGAUCAAGUGGCUUGCCGGUAAUGAUGUCGUGUUAGAACCAGAGUUAGAACCCAAGACUUCUGAUUCAUAUCUCUAUGACCAUGAUUUAUUUCUUUAUUUUGAAGAAGUUAAAAAAAAGUCGGUAAGAGCAGAUAGAUGUAUUUAGAGUCUAUGAUUGCCGUACAAGACUCCUUCCUAUACAUCUAUUUGACUUACGUCCAGAAUAGAGUCUUUUCCAGGCCAGCAAUGACUGUAUGUGUGACACACAAGAGUAAACAGGGCACAUGAGCAGAGCAAGCGCCUGCCUCUGUUAACUCUUACCUGCUGCUCUCCGUUUCGUAGCAGUGCCUCUUAAUGUUUCAACAAACCCUGCUGAAGGCUAGCCACUGGAUUGCCAUUUACUGGAAAAGCCUCCUUUCUUUGCUGCGGCAUCCCCAUGUUUUACUUCUAGGAGUCCAGUCUUUCAAAAUCAGGAAGAGCAAAUUCUUCUACCUCAGAAAAACUAUUAAAUACUUGCUCAUUGGCUCAUUUGGACUGAUCUCUGUGCUUUACUUUAGAAAGUUAAUUAUGGGCUAGUAAUAUUAUGCCGACUCUCAGCAAUAUUUUUUUUCUUCCUCAUUGAAUUCUAGACUUUAAGUUGAUAACUAUGACUUUCUGAUCAAGUUCAAAGAUUGUGAGUCUGUCUUUGCUACCUGUUGACAGCCUGUGGUCUCCUACAACAUACUCUGUAACUCUUCUCAAGGGUGUUAUAUAUGAAUUACUUCAGGUGAUGAUAUAUUAAAUAGGUCAUAAAUAUGUAUGAAAACAUACCAAUUGAAGGGAAGGCUAUUUGAUAGUAAUCAUGGAAAAAUAACAUCUCUAAUACCUAAUAAUUGGCUGUUUUCCAAGUGUAUUUAUAGAAAAUGUACUGUUGGUUUUACAAGACAGAUUAACUAGCGUCCUUUUUAAAAAGGCAAUUGAUUCCUUAGGGGGGGAAACCCCAGGGCAAAAGAAGCUUUUACUUGAGAAUAAAUAAAUGUUGAUUGGGGAACUGGGGAGAAAGAAGUGGGA